AUGCCUCCUUUAGUCGUAGCGUUGGCAGGAUUUCGACUAACCUUUGCCUGCUGUGGAGUGGUACCUAGGGAGCUAAGCGACGCUCGGGGUCUAGUUCCAGCAGAAUCUGUGGAACAUUUCCUCUGGGAGGAGCUUGGUAUACAGUCAGCACACAUUCCUAUAGAGCACUUGAGAAGCGCCUUAAAAAUACUGACAUUAGUGGACAAGACAUCUAUACGGAUUACUGACCUUGUGGAAUUUAUUUGGGUACCUAUUGAGGCUUGCCGAAGAAACAUCCUCGUAGCCUUCCACCAGGCUGCCACCUCUUCGAAGGAUAUUGUAGCAGCAGGGUCCAGUGCUGCAACAGUACGCAUUACUCACCCUCGGCCGUCGAUACAGCUCAGCAGCAUCCCGGAGUUCCUGCACCCUUUCCUUCACGAGAAGGAUGCUCGUGACAAAGUGGCUCUUCCAAUAGUGCUUGAAGCCCUCGUGGAUUUGAGCCAAGGCAUUGCCGACGACGCCUGUUUCUUAGCAACCGUUUGUGAAAUCGCUGAAAAGGAAGGUUUCCAUCUGUAG